AAUCAUCCAUACAUAGCGGAAACUUCACUGAUUCUUAUUUCUGGUGAUCUGACUCGUACAAAAUCAAGAUGGCAUCAAAAAUAAAGAACUACAAGGUCAUCGCGGCGGCUAAAAGAGCUCAGCAGCAGGACAAGAUUCCCAAGAGUUGGCGUAUUCCUACAGACAGAUUCCGAGAUGCUACCAACGUGAUGGACAUACCACUUACCUGCGGGCUAUUAGACGAAACAGAAUCGAGAAUCACUUCUGACUACGAUGCAACCGCGCUUCUCGAAAAGCUAAGGGCUAGAGUCUGGUCGGUAGAGCAAGUGACUGUAGCCUUUUGCAAAAGGGCUGCCAUUGCCCACCAGCUAACGAAUUGUCUGACAGAAAUAUUUUUCGACGAUGCUAUUGAACGAGCGAAGAAACUUGACUUGGAAUACGACCAAAAGUCUCGUGAAAAUGCCCUCCCGCCACUCUUUGGGCUACCAAUUUCACUCAAGGAUAGCUACCAAGUUUCUGGAUAUGAUACAUCGACUGGAUUGGGUUGCUAUGUGGAUCAGCCUGCAGAGGACAAUAGCGCGCUGGCUGCGAUGCUAAUUGACUUGGGUGCUGUUCUUUACUCCAAGACCAAUCUUCCUCAGUCAAUCAUGACUGGAGAUUCUGACAACAAUAUUUUUGGAAGAACCUUGAACCCUCGCAACAAACUGCUCACCGUGGGUGGAAGUACAGGAGGUGAAGGCGCACUCAUUGCGCUUCGAGGCAGCAUCCUUGGAGUUGGGACGGAUAUUGGUGGCAGCAUUCGUGUCCCAUCAGUCUGCAACGGGAUCUAUGGGUUCAGGCCUAGCGUAGAUUUGGUUCCCCAUGGUGGUGUACGAGACCUCACACCGCCAGGGACAGAUGGUAUCCGUUCAACAGCUGGGCCUAUGGCGACCUCACUCCGGGAUUGCUCUCUUUUUCUAAAGACGAUACUGCAAGCAGACACGUGGAAGUAUGACAGUACUUCGAUCUCAGUUCCAUGGACAAAUAUUAAACCCGCACACAAGCUCCGGAUCGGCGUUGCUCAAAAUGACGGCGUCUAUACCCCAUCGCCACCAGUUAGACGUGCCUUGAAGCAGGCGGUCGAUCUUCUCCGCGACAAUGAUGACAUUCAAAUCAUUCCAAUUAACCUUCCCGACGUCAAAUCGCAUUAUCAAGACAUCAUAAGUUAUUUCACGCUCUCAGGAAGUGAUCAAUUCGCGCGGACAGGGGAGCCAGUUAUCCCAUCACUCGAAGCCAUUGGCCUUCUGUCGGUGCCGGGAACGACUCUACAGGGCUUUUUCGAUUUGAAUGUCCGCCGAGCCGAGGCCGCAAAAAAGUACCUCAAAUUGUUUCGUGACAACGAGAUAGAUGUAAUUUUAAUGCCGCCAGCACCGAAUACGGCAGUUCCCCUGGACUGCUGGACAAGGGCGGCAUAUACUAGCCUAUGGAACUAUCUUGAUUAUCCGGCAAUUGUUAUUCCUGUGGACCAUGUGCGAGACAUUGACUCCGCUGACGAUUUGAGGAACGCCCAAUUUGGCCCAGAGGACGAGAAGCUCUACAGUCUAUAUACCGGCCCGGAACAAUACAAGGACGCACCGAUUUGUAUUCAGGUAGUGGGAUAUAGACACAAAGAUGAGGCCUUGUUAAGGGCGGCAGCUGUGCUGGACUCGAUCAUAAAUAGUAUUUAG